GCAUGGAUUCGCCGUAGCCACCAAUACUAACCCCAGGCCAUGGUAACCGUGGUUUGCCAUCAAAGCUUAAGGCCUUAUGGCUAUACCAUGCACCUUAUCUGAGCCUUCCCAUCCUCCGUUUUGCAUCUAUUCAAGCUCUUCAACACAUCCCCCUCGUUGGCCUCACACCCGCUGCAAUUAUCCAUGCUAUUCAGUCCCCAGCAUAUAUAUUUUGUUUAUAGUCUUUAAAUAUGUCAGCCACAGCUGCCACUACAACGUCUACAACGCCUCGACCUAGCACGCAAGAAGACGAUAGCAUUGCCGCAGCGUCUACAUCUCGAAACCGCCAGGCUAUCAACCCUUUCGCAACACCGCACGUAUCAUCGCCCACUUCAAGAGAAGGAUCUGCGUACGAUUUCCCCAGCAAUGCAAGCAACGUCCCUCGCCAGCGGUUCUUCCACUCUAGACGUAUAAAGAAGGGUACGGUAGACCAGCCAUGGAAAGACAAAAAAGACCCAAAGGCGAAAUGGGUAACCAUCAUACCUAUCGUUGGUAUGCUCCUCGGCCUGGGUAUUGCCGGUGUUCUCAUUUGGGAUGGCCUUCGCACCGUCACAAACCAUGAAUACUGUCCCGUCUUUGCUGAGGAUUUCUCUGGUGGUUGGAAUGACAAGAUCUGGACAAAGGAGGUAGAGGUUGGUGGCUUUGGUAAUGGCCAGUUUGAGAUGACAACAAACGACGAUGAAAAUGCUUUUAUCAAAGACGGAAUGCUGCACAUCAAGCCGACUCUUCAAGACCAGCACCUGAUUGACACAAACACUGUCGUCAAUCUCACGAAAGAAGGCAUAUGCUCGUCUGACAUCUGGUACAACUGCGUCACGAGCACCAACAGCACAAACGGAACCAUUGUCAACCCUGUCAAGUCUGCACGCCUCAGCACCAAGCGUGGUGCAAGCAUCAAAUACGGCCGUGUUGAGGUUGUAGCUAAAAUCCCUGCUGGAGACUGGCUAUGGCCUGCUAUUUGGAUGUUACCCAAGGACAAUGUGUACGGCGAUUGGCCAGCAUCGGGUGAGAUUGACAUCAUGGAAACUCGUGGCAACAACUACACCUACAGUCAAGGCGGAAACAACAUCAUCAGCAGCACGCUGCACUUUGGCCCGAACUCCGACAACGAUGGCUGGUGGACAAAUAACGUCAAGCGCAAAGCCCGGCUCACCACGUACGCGGAUGGCUUCCAUACCUUCGGCAUGGAAUGGAGCGACAAAUACCUGUUUACCUACGUUGACUCGCGCCUCAUCCAGAUCAUGUAUAACACAUUCAACGAGCCUUUCUGGCAAAGAGGCAGGUUCCCUCUGUCUGACAGUAAUGGCACACGGUUGGUGGAUCCAUGGAGCCACACCGGCAGCGACUCGACUCCUUUCGACCAGGAUUUCUACCUUAUCAUCAACCUUGCUGUGGGUGGUACAAACGGCUGGUUCAAGGAUGGUCACAACGGCAAACCUUGGGUUGAUGCCAGCCCGACGGCUAAACGCGAUUUUUGGAAUGCGCGUGAGCAGUGGCUUCCGACGUGGGGGAAGAACGGCGAGAUGAUUGUCAAGAGUGUUAAGAUGUGGCAGCAGAAGGGUUACAACAACUGCUAGUGGGUUU